GCGAAGGUUUGGUGCUAUUGGCUUUUGGCUACAUUACUACGUCCACAUGAAUUAUAAUUAGGGGGAGAGGACAUCGCUCGCCGUGGACCAUGAGCAAUGAGUCUACCGUCUGGAAAAACCUAACUGAAAACCCCACAGACUUUCCACUGGAGACGGGGAAACAGGAUGGCUACGUCCUCCUGUUGGUCCUCCUCUCCAUCUUCUUUGGGGGGACGUUGGUCCUGUUGUCCGUGCUAUUGAUCGUCUGUCGCCACUGCUGUGAUGAAGACCGACGCCAUGCACGGGCCAGUGAUGAUCCAGACAAGACCAAAACCUCUUAUCUUGAGGAAUCUCAGCCUGUACACGAGAUCACCAUCCGGGUGGAUGAGUCGGACUGCCUGUCAGCCGCCAGCUCGCAUGACAUGGAGACGGAGCGCUUUCUGUCCACCGGCACCACGGGCCGCCGGGUCUCCUUCAACGAGGCGGCGCUCUUCGACCACGGCAAGAAGGCACAGGAGAAGGGCCGCCGGUACACUCUCACCGAGGGGGACUUCCACCACCUGAAGAACGCCCGGCUCACACACCUCCACAUUCCGCCGCCCGCGCUCAAGAUAGUCACCAUCCACGAGUGUGAGUCAUCGGAGAACAGCAUCGCCAUGACGACGCGGCCCGCCUCCAAGUCCAGCCUCUCCAUCUUCCAGCAGCCCUUGGUGCGCUCCCCUUUGCCCCAGACGGCGCUAACCAGCCUGCACGUCAGCCCCAGCUCGGCCCUCCCUGGGGACGCCCUCAACUCCACCGUAGACACCAGCUUCACCAUCAGCGUCCCCCCUGCUGCCCCGAGCCCCAAGCUCAGCCCAAGACCCUCCGUGAUCGAGGUGAUGGGGUCCAGCUCGCGGAACGGAGGCAGCCCCAGGAGUCUGGGUGAGGCGGGGACGUCGUCCGCGGGCACGUCGUCGGCCAACCCUGCCCAGGGCCCCGUGCUGCAGUUCUUCACCAAGCUGAGGCGUCACGCCAGCCUGGAGGGUGCCAGCCCCUACUUCAAGAUCAAGAAGUGGAAGCUGGACAGCACCCAGCGGGCAUCCAGUCUGGACACCAGAGGUUCUCCUAAGAGGAGGCAGUUCCAGCGUCAGCGCGCGGCCAGCGAGAGCAUGGACCAGGAGGAGCACGACGCGCACCACAUGGACCUCAUCCAGUACAUCGCCGGCACCAAGGACAUCGUGUACCCCCGCCACCCCCAACAGCACCACCGCCCCGUCACCCCCCGCAUCCUCUCGCCCCCCUCCACGCCACCACCUUCCCUCGGCAGGUUAGAGGUGGAGGUGGUGGUGGAGCCCAGCUGUAGCUCAGGCUGCAGCCUGCUCGGCGCGUCCUUCUCCGAGCUGCCGGACGAGGCCGCGGCCGGGCCGGGCUGCCGUCGGGAGAGCUCCGAGCACCAGGCGCUGUACCGCGACAUCUGGACGCUGCGCGCGUCCCUGGAGCAGUACGCGUCGUCCGACCAGAGCAGCAACAACGACAAGGACUCGGUGCGCAGCGGCGACCUGGACAGCGUGUGCUCGCUGGGCGCCAGGCCGGAGAAAGGGCCGCUGCGCAGCUACCCCUCGCAGGACAUCGGGGACGAGAUCGAGGAGGACGCGGACGCGGAGGUGUUAUCGCCGUCGCCCGCGGACGAGGUUGAGCCGAGGUCGAGGGGGAAGCAGGACAGCGUGGACUCGGAGAAAGGGAGCGACGGCGAGUCCGGCAACCGGAAGCUGCUGCAGAUGGACAGCGGCUACGCGUCCAUCGAGGCUCCGGUCCGCGUCCCCGAGGAGCUCCGGCUGUUCGCCGGCGGACCCAGCGGCGCCAGCCAGGACGGCUCGGCGCUCGAGCGCCGCCGCUUCUUCACCAGCUCGCCCCACCGCGCCACCGUCUGCGAGAGCCUGGAGUCGCGCGUCCUCGACGAGCAGCUGGAGGAGGAGCCCAGCGGCGCCAUGGCGUGGUCGCCGUACGGCCAGAUGUUCACGCCGCGCGACACGCAACAGCAGUCGCAGCAGCAGCAGCAGCCGCCGCCAUCGACGUCAUCGUCAUCGUCGGCGUCGCACCCUUUCCUGCAUCGCCGCGACUACAGCAUCGACGAGAAGACCGACGCCCUCUUCCACGAGUUCCUGCGGCACGACCCGCAGUUCGACCAGCAGGAGUCGCCGCAGCGCUCGAAGCACCGCACCUGCGCCCACCUGCGCAAGCAGUGGCAGCGCUCCAAGCAGUACAGCGACCCCGGGCAGCGCUUGGCCAGCUCGUUCGACCGCUACCGGACCCCGCUGAGGCGCGGCGAGAGCGUCAGCUCCCCGAUGGAGAGCGGCUACCACAGCACGCUCCCGCGCAUCGUCAGCACCCCGGACGAGGAGGUCGGCGAGGGGAGCCCCGGCACGUCGGACACGCAGAAGCCGGACGCGGAGUGGCCGGCGGACGUCCGGGAGGAACGGGACGACCGGAGGGAAGUCGGCCCGAGCGGCAGCAGCGCGAGGGACAAGGGCGAGGAAACGACGACGACGCGCUCCGAGAUUCCCGCGUCUUUCGAGUGCGCUGCCGCUGCGACCGAGCAGAGCCGACAGGCCGGACUACCGCCCGAACAACCGCCGGACGAACGCUGCUCGCCGCCGCCGUUGUCGCUGACGUCGUCGCAGCCGCCGGAGACGGGCUACGGCCCGCAGACCGUCACGGCCGAGCUGACCGACAAGCUGACGGUCAACCUGGAGGAGCGCCUCUACACCGGUCUCCGCCGGACCAGGGACACCUCGGAGUGUGUGGUGGCCGCUACGCACGCCUCCCCCGACCACAGCCCAGUGUAG